GAGGCUGCAAGUUGAAAGUUUUCAACCUUGGUCCUGGUCUGAGUCGGUCUGCACUCACGCUGUGGGACAGACACCAUGAGUAAACAGAAGGAUUCUGGCGCUACGUCAGUUAUUUUGAAGUACUUGAUGGAUCAGAAUCGGCCCUACAGUGCACAGGAUGUUUUCGGAAAUCUCCAGCGAGAACACCAUUUCGGGAAAACGGUUGUAGUGAAAGCCCUUGAGCAGCUCGCACAUGAUGGCAAAAUUAAAGAGAAGGUGUACGGGAAACAGAAGAUUUACUUUGCUGAUCAGAGUCAAUUUACAGCGGUCGGUGAAGCGGAUCUGAAGGCACUCGAUAAUCAGAUCCGAGAGCUGAGUGAGAAGUUCAGCAGCAUUCAGCAGAGCUGCCGUCAGAUGGAAACAGAACUUAAGGAUCUCAAUAAUUCGAUGACGACUGAAGAGAUGUCGGUGAAAAUUGCAGCCUUAAAGCAAGAAUGUGCAUCUCAUCAGGCGAGACUGCAGAAGAUCAAAUCUACGAGCAAUCACGUGACCCCAGAGGAGAAGGAGCAGGUGAAGGUGUUAUUCUGGGGACUGCAGCUUAAGUUUUUCAAAAAUAUCUUUGCCAGCCAUGAGUGA